AUGUCCGUUAACAUUACCACAGACAUUGCAAGAGUUACCUCUACUUUAGCAAUAGCGUUUGCCCAUAGUGCGGAAAAUGACUAUUUGACUAAAAAAUUUUGGAACAUGCCAGCGUCCCAGACCCUGUCCAGAAGUGAAAUCAAUAAGUCCUUUGUUGAAUACUGCGAAUAUUUCGUUGCUAAUGGUGGUCAACUUUUGGAAUCUGGUGAUUUCGACAGCGUCGCGAUUAUCGUACCUCCAGAAUCGAAUCCUGUUGAUCUAGAAGAAACGAAUGAUGAGAAAUUUAAUGCCCAAUUCAUUCACACAAACGAAAAGAUCAAGCAAGAUUUGGGUUUGGGAGUUCGCAUUCCUUACUAUUAUCUUUUCAUGAUCGGUAAAAACCUGGACCAACCGCACGUUAAGGGUAAUGUCAGAGCUAUAGUGGAGUAUCUAAAGCUGGAAGCCGAUAAGAAAGGUGCUGCUGUGGUGCUGGACGCUCUUAAUGGUCACGCGAAAAGCGUGUACGAAUAUUUCGGGUUUCUUGAUUAUCAUGAAUUUCGGUAUGGCGUUGGUGAAGUCGAGGCGAAUGGUGAACUCAGUGAAACCGGUCCUGGGUUUGUCGCUAAUAUCAUGGCAUACUACAAGGAUGGAGAUUUGCGGAGAAUGAUUGCCAAAAGUUGA